GGCCGGCGCUGCUUGCGCAUGCGCCCCCCUGCCCGCCGCUGCCGCCCCUCCCCGUGCUCCGCGCUGAUGGCGGCGGCGAUCAUGGCGGCCGAGCAGGAAGCCGCGAAAGGCGGCGGUGGCGGCGGCAGGAACCGCGGGGGCGUGCAGCGCGUGGAGGGGAAGCUGCGCGCCAGCGUCGAGAAGGGCGACUACUACGAGGCGCACCAGAUGUACCGGACGCUGUUCUUCAGGUAUAUGUCACAAGGAAAACACGCAGAAGCAAGAGAACUUAUGUAUUCAGGGGCUUUGCUGUUCUUCAGUCAUAACCAACAAAACAGUGCUGCUGAUCUGUCCAUGCUGGUUCUGGAGUCUUUGGAGAAAUCGGAUGCAAAAGUAGCAGAAGACCUUUUAGAAAACUUGGCUAAAUUGUUUAGUUUAAUGGACCCAAAUUCUCCCGAACGAGUGGCUUUCGUAUCCAGAGCACUAAAAUGGUCCAGUGGAGGAUCAGGAAAACUUGGGCAUCCAAAACUACACCAGUUACUAGCUAUUACCCUGUGGAAAGAGCAAAACUAUAGUGAAUCUCGGUAUCACUUCUUGCACUCCACAGAUGGUGAGGGCUGUGCAAAUAUGCUGGUAGAAUACUCGUCGUCCCGCGGAUACCGCAGUGAGGUGGACAUGUUUGUAGCUCAGGCAGUACUACAAUUUCUCUGCUUAAAGAAUAAGACCAGCGCAUCAGUUGUUUUUACGACAUACACACAGAAACAUCCUUCAAUAGAGAAGGGCCCACCCUUUGUUCAACCACUGCUAAACUUCAUCUGGUUUCUGUUGUUGGCAGUUGAUGGAGGAAAACUAACAGUAUUUACAGUAUUGUGUGAACAGUAUCAACCUUCUCUGAAAAGGGAUCCCAUGUAUAAUGAGUACCUAGAUAGAAUAGGACAGCUUUUCUUUGGAGUUCCGCCCAAGCAGACCUCAUCCUACGGAGGAUUGCUAGGAAAUCUUUUAAACAGUCUGAUGGGAACUGGUGAAGAUGAUGACACAGAAGAUGGUCAGGAAGACAGCAGUCCUAUCGAGCUCGACUGAAUGUUGUUGUCAUUGGGUGCCGUGUAAAUCUGAUGAUUCGAUGACUCCAAAGACACUUUGGAAUUUGAAUCCUGCAGUUGUUUCUUGGCGCCUGAAAGGGCUCCUCUGGUCUUUUAGAAAUGGUUGCUGAAAUGUUUAUAAUGUCGGUCUAUAUUAUUUAUGUAAAAAAAAAAAAAAAAAAAAGAAAGAAACCAACAAAAAGUAGCCAAACGAACCAAUCGGAGCAGUUGUUAGUGGGUUUCCGAUGCAGUGGCUGGUGACUGAUUAAAAUAUAGUCUUCUGCGGUUUCUGAUGCAGUAUUCCCUUUUGCACAGUAAUUCAAUAAAGCAUAAAAAUGGGUCUUGUCCUUCAUGGCCUGCCCAGUACCGUCUCUGUUACGAGAAAGCCUCCUUGACCUCUGCCCUCUCCAAGGAAGAUCUCGAAAGGCAGGGGGAGCAAUUGAAUAAUUUAUUUGCGAGGCUGGUGCCAAAAGUACUGUGAGACGAGCCAAGGAGCAUCAUUUGAGAUGCACAUGCAAGAGACAUUGAAACAAGAACUCGCUUCCACUGCCAUGAGUAACAUGCACACCCUUCAUUACUGCCUGUCCCUCUCCCCAAGGUCUGGCUCUGGCCGAGCCCACGCGUGUGUUUUUAGCCGAUAAUUCCUGAAAAGCACAAGAUUUGACUUGCUCUUGAGUAAAAGCCCAUCAGUGGAAUGUAGGGUAAUUGGCUUCCAUUUUUGCAUCUAAAAUGCCUCCUCUGGCUUGUGGCUCUACUCCUUUGGAACAGAUUCUUUGUCAGUGCAAGUCCAUAACAACGUACAGGCGACGGCGCGACAGUGAGUGACACGGUUUGCCGUGAGCAGUGUAUGUGUUUGACCUGAGCUGUGUGUAAAAGGAAAGGGAUACUGCAGAACUCCUGGUUCUUUAUGAUAUAUUUAUUUUUCUUGGGUGAUUGAUUCAUUUAACACUUUCUGUUAAAAAGAAUAAAUCAAUAAAUAAUGGAGUAACUUCACCCCCAGCAGUAGGCAUAGCCAUUCUCCAUCUCCUCUGUAAUGCAGCACAGUCUGGUGCAGGGAGCAGAUGAAAGGGUGGGGAAACGCUUUAUUUUUUCACGAUGAAAAUAAAAAAGCUUAGAUUAAUAAACAGCAAUCAUGCAUGGGGGAGGGAUUAAUACAAAUUUAUUGACUGUAUGGAAAAAAAAAAAAAAAAAGCAUUGACAGGAAGACUUUGUGUUAAUUGUGAAGUCUCAAAUAAACACUUUAUACGAGGA